AUCGCAAAAUUAUUUCGGAUUGGAAUGAAUCGUUUUUUUCCGUCGGAUCAGUGGGAGGAAGGAGGAAGGAAAAGUCAAAUGGGAGGAGGGAUUAAUUAGUGCUGUGUCCACAAUAGCCGCACAGAUCGAGAGAGCUACGAGCAAGACGUGAAUUGGUAGUUUCGAAAGCUGGGGAAAAUCUCGUGGAGAAUUUGAGAAAGGCCUCGCUCGGUCCUUUUUGUGUCUUCGAUUCUGAUCGCUUUGAGGUUCUUACUUGCAGAAUAUCCAAAUAUUAGUUUCUGUCAAUUACAAUGGGCGGCGUAAUAGGAAAAGGUAAUUCACCUAAAAAGGCAUGGGUACCUGAGACGAAACUUGAGGCUAAGAUGGUCGAAGCUAUGCAGAGGAGGGCAUCUGGAGGUAGCAAGAUGAAGUCGUUCAACAGCGUAAUUCUGAAGUUUCCCAAAAUCGACGAAAGCUUUCGAAAAUGCAAAUCUAUAUUCGAACAGUUCGAUGAUAAUUCAAACAACGUAAUAGACAAGGAAGAGCUGAGGCAUUGCUUUAAUAAGCUGGAGAUUUCUUUCUCGGAGGAGGAGAUCAACGAUCUUUUUGAGGCAUGUGACAUCAACGAUGACUUGGGGAUAAAGUUCAAUGAGUUCAUAGUUCUUCUCUGCCUUGUACAUCUUCUCAAGGACGAUCCCGCUGCCCAGCUUGCUAAAGCGAAGAUGGGAAUGCCAGACCUGGAAACCACGUUCGAGACAUUAGUGGAUGCUUUUGUGUUCUUGGAUAAGAACAAGGAUGGGCAUGUCAGCAGGAGCGAGAUGAUUGAUGCCAUAAAUGAAACUGCAUGUGGAGAGCGCUCCUCUGGACAAAUUGCAAUGAAAAGAUUUGAAGAGAUGGACUGGGAUAAGAAUGGGAUGGUGAACUUCAAAGAAUUUCUGUUUGCCUUCACCCGUUGGGUCGGCAUAGAUGAGAUGGAUGACGAAGACAAUGAUGAAGCUGGUGAAGAGGUCUGAGUCGUGCAGCUUCAGUAUCCCAUGAUGUAGAAAGCUUGCCAGAGGGAUGAGGGCGAUUGCAUGGCAAUGAACGGUUUUUACAAUAAUCUUCGAGAUGACGUGAAUUGCGAGUGUGUGAUUCAGAGUAUAUAAUCUUGAGAGCUACCGACUAGGACCAUUUCUGGUAUGGCUGAUGAAUCUGAAACUAUAGAGAUUUGAUAAGAAGAAUUGCGUUAAACACAGCAUCCGAUUAUAAUCACGUACUUCUUCCUUCUCCUUUCCUUUUAUUGCAAAGAAGCAUUCUCAAUUCAAGUAAGGCAAAGAAAUUCAGUCUAUUGGAUCCAAACCAGACGGAAUUGAAAUUCCAAAUUGGCAAUAAGUCCUCUGAGUAUGCUGCUAGGCGUUUGGGAAAAGAGGUGUAGAUCAAGGUUAGAGAGUGAAAUUGAACUUAGAAGAGAGAAGACAGGAAAUGGCGUCAGCUGAAGCAGAUAAACUGUAAGGACAAAACUGGAAACUGAUAAUAGAGAGUUGACAUGGAGAUUAAUUGCAGUCAGCAAAGCUUUAAUAAUAAAGAAUAUGUUUUAGCAAAUAUAAAUAUGACUACGCUCACUAAUACAAAACACACUCCAAUCCAGACAUAAACGAGAGCACAUCACACUUUUGUCUUCCUCUGUGUACCAUCCAGACCCGAGCCUUCUCAGAGAAAACCCCUCAUUAACAUUCCCAAAACUGUCAUCACAAGUUACCAUUAAAGAGCCUCCUCAUACUAAGGGCAAUCUCAACCUGACAAUCUCUGGACUAGGACUUACCUAAAACAACACGAAGA